GGCAAUAUGAGGCCCAUUUUCUGUGGAAACUUUGAGUAUGAUGCACGUCAGUCUGAUUUGGAACGACUGUUCAGAAAAUAUGGUAGAGUAGAAAGAGUGGACAUGAAGUCUGGAUUUUCUUGGGAUGUAAUGGAGGGACUCAGAAUUCUGUUUCAUGCCUGUGACGAGCUUCCUCUUCUUGCUUUCAAGAAGGGUCACUCUGAUCCGCAAUGGCACCACCAUCCCUCAUUUUCCUCGGGCAUUUUUCCCUUUCAUUCCUCAUGACUUUUGCCCAGCCCUCAAAUUCAGACAUGUUUCAAGGUAGAAACAUUGCUGACAUCAUGGCACAGACUGCAGAAAAAAUGAAGAUGGCACACUAAUUCCAUAGACCUACCAUGAGACAUCCAUCCACUUUUGGAUUCUUGUUCCUUGACAUCACUUAGUUCUUCACACAAGGAUUUGCUUUCAUCUAUAUGGAAGAUGAGAGAGAUGCUGAAGAUGCCAUUCGAGCCCUUGAUCGGACAGAAUUUGGUCGGAAAGGUCGCAGGCUACACGUUGAAUGGACAAAGCACGAGCGCGGCAUUAGAAGGCCUGUUGGUGGUUCAAGAAGAUCUUCUGCAAAUACAAGACCUUCAAAGACUUUAUUUGUCAUCAAUUUUGAUCCAUAUCAUACUAGGACUAGGGAUUUGGAAAGGCACUUUGAGUCUUAUGGAAAGAUAGUGAGCGUAAGGAUCAGAAGGAAUUUUGCAUUUGUACAAUAUGAUUUGCAGGACGAUGCUAGCAGAGCAUUGGAGGCUACAAAUAUGAGCAAGCUGAUGGAUAGGGUUAUUUCAGUGGAAUAUGCAGUUCGAGAUGAUGAUGAGCGCCAAAAUGGAUAUAGCCCUGAUAGAAAUCGUGAUAGGUCACCUGAGAGAGGUCGUGACAGAAAGCGUUCUUCAAGUCCCAUCCGAAGAGAGAGGGGUAGCCCUGAUUAUGGUCAUGGCUCUAGUCGUAGUCCUUAUAGGAAGGAGAGGGGGAGCCCUGUUUAUGGUCAUGACCGCAGUCCAAAUCCCUAUAAGAGAGAUAGAGCUAGCCCUGAUUAUAGCCGGGGCACUAGCCAUAGUCCUUACCGUAGAGAGAGGGCCGGUGCUGACCAUGCACAUGGCUCCAGCCGAAGUCCUUAUAGGAAAGUGAGGGCUAGCCCUGAGAAUAGCAGAGGCCCCAGCCGAAAUCCUUAUAGGAGAGAGAAGCAUAGUGCUGAGAAUGAUCAUAGCCCCAGUCAUAGUCCAUAUAGAAGAGAAAGGCCCAGCUCUGAUAAUGGUCGUGGACCCAGCCAUAGCCCAUCUGAAAGGGAGAGAGCUAGCCCCAAGAAUGGCCGUGGUUCCAGCCCAAGUUCUAUGCCUGAAGGAAGGGACAGUCCCUAUGGCGGUGAAGCUGAAAGCCCAGCAAAUGAGAGGUAUCAAAGUCAGUCACCAUCAGCAGAGGAGUGAUUAGGAUCUUGAGAAGCUUUGGAGGAAGACCUCUGUCUCUGGCAGGUCUUAGUUGCAAGUCCUGUUAUUUGCUUUUUUUUUUUUUAAUUGACAACUGUUUCUGCAAUUACAUUAGAGCUGGAAUCUGACCUUUUGUUGUGGUGCAUACUUUUAAAUCCUAGAUUUCUAGUUUAAGGCAAUGAAUUAUCAUGUUUAUUUUGAAUGUGAAACUCAUUUUAUGGAACAUGUUAUUUAUUUUCA